UGGCGUUGUCAAACAAACGAUCACACAGUUCGACGAGUGUCUUUCAUUAGUGUUCUCGUGAUUCCAGCGACCGGCAGAAACUCCCACGAAAUGGCAUCUCUAACCAGGAAAAUCAUCUCAUCUGCGCUUUCCGGGAAAGCCAUUGCGCCAUACAGUCAAGCUAUUGUUGUUGAUCGCACGGUUUAUUUGUCCGGAUGCUUGGGAUUGGACAAGGAUACAAUGAAGCUCGUUCCUGGCGGCAUUGUGCCGGAAACAGCUCAGGCUCUGAAGAAUCUCAAAAACGUCCUCGAGGCCGCCGAUUCGGGCAUUGAGAAAGUCGUUAAGGUCACGGUGUUUCUGACGAAUAUCGAUGACUCGCCAAAGUUCAACGAGGAGUACAAGAAGGUGUUCACGCACGAUUUUCCGGCGCGUUCGUGCUUCGCCGUGGCCGCUUUGCCAAUGCAGGCGAAGGUGGAGAUCGAGGCGAUCGCGCUCACUGGAGACGUGAAGACCAUCUCAACAUGACGCCAGAAAGCCAGUCUCUAGAAGACACUCCAGAAAUUGAAUUGAAAGCAACAAUAAAAGUCUCUUCCUGAAGCA